AUGUAUAAGAAUUUAUUCAAUGCGACACAAAAUCAAUGUGUAUGUGAAAUGAUAAAAGUAAAUGAUUCAAUAUCUGCUUUAAAUUAUUUUUCAACAAAUCAAACUUGUCAAUUAUUUCGUUCAAAUAUUAGUACAAUUUAUAUUAAACUUAAUUUAAAUUCUACUAUUAUAUUUCUUAAUCAAUCGUCAAUAACAAUAUUAAAUAUUCUAGAAUAUCAACCGAGUACGUCAUCAUCAUCAACUUCAACAUCAACAACAUCAUCAUCAUCAUCAACAACAUCAUCAUCAUCAUCAUCAACAUCAUCAUCAUCAUCAACUUCAACAACCACAACAACAACAACAACGUCGUCAACAACAAUUCCCUGCAACUAUUUUCUUAAUCAAACUACUUACCCGGUUGGGACUAAUCCAUGGUCAGUAGCAGUCGUCGAUGUGAAUAGUGACAAUAAACCUGAUAUUAUUGUUGCAAACUCUGCGUCGGGCAAAGUCGGUGUUCUUCUCAACGCCGGCAACGGCAUCUUUAGUGCUCAAACUGCUUACGCAGUUGGCAAUAGUCCUCACGCAGUAGCAGUCGUCGAUGUGAAUAACGAUAAUCAAUCCGAUAUUAUCGUUGCAAAUUAUGGUUCGAACACCGUUAGCGUUCUUCGCAACGCAGGCAAUGGCACCUUUAGUGCUCAAACUACUUAUCUAGUUGGCUCAAGUCCAUACUCAGUAGCAGUCGUCGAUGUGAAUGGCGACAAUAAACCUGAUAUUAUUGUUGCAAACGAGGGUUCGAGCAGCGUAGGUGUUCUUCUCAACGCAGGCAACGGCACCUUUAGUGCUCAAACUAUUUACGCAGUUGGCUAUUAUCCAUGGUCAGUAGCAGUCGUCGAUGUGAAUAGUGACAAUAAACCUGAUAUUAUUUUUGCAAACUAUGGUUCGAGUAGCGUAGGUGUUCUUCUCAAUACAGGCAACGGCACCUUUAGUGCUCAAACUAAUUACUCAGUUGGUUCUUAUCCAUACUCAGUAGCAGUCGUCGACGUGAAUCAAGACAAUAAACCUGAUAUUAUUGUUACAAACGAAGGUUCGAACAACGUUGGUGUUCUUCUCAAUGCAGGCAAUGGCACCUUUAAUGCUCAAACUACUUAUCUAGUUGGCUCAAGUCCAUACUCAGUAGCAGUCGUCGAUGUGAAUGACGACAAUAAACCUGAUAUUAUUGUUACAAACGAGGGUUCGAGCAGCGUAGGUGUUCUUCUCAACGCAGGCAACGGCACCUUUAGUGCUCAAACUAUUUACGCAGUUGGCAAUGGUCCUCAAGCAGUAGCAGUCGUCGACGUGAAUCAAGACAAUAAACCCGAUAUUAUUGUUGCAAACGAAGUUUCGAGCACUGUUAGUGUUCUCUUGCAUUGUUAA